AUGACUGAAUACUGGUUGGUUUCUGUGCCAGGCGAGAAAACCUGUCAAGAGACAUGGGAUCGUCUGAAUUCGGCAACGACUGAAAUUUCGACUAACUUUAAGUUCUCCAUCCCUGAUCUGAAAGUCGGAACGUUGGAUCAACUCGUGGGCCUCUCGGAUGAUUUGGCAAAGUUAGAUACUUACGCCGAAACCAUUACCAGAAAGCUUGCUACCUAUUUUGCGGAAGUUUUAGAGGACCAGCGUGACAAGUUGUUCGAAAAUUUGCAAGUUCAAGGAAAAGAUCUAUCGCAUUACUUGACGAAGUUCCAGUGGGACAGCGCAAAAUAUCCUAUGAAGCAGAACCUGCGCAAUUUGACGGAAAUCAUAAGCAAGCAAGUGUCACAAAUCGACGCCGACCUGAAGACCAAGGCAACGGCGUAUAACAACCUUAAGAACAACCUAUCUGCGCUUGAGAGGAAGGCGACAGGUGGUCUUUUGACUAAAGAUCUGUCAGAUGUGGUUAACAAGUCAGACUUCGUUCUCAACUCUGAAUACCUAACAACGCUACUCGUUGUGGUACCAAGGCUUAUUUUCGAAGAUGCCGAAAACGGCUUGUUUUCAGUGACGUUGUUCAGAAAGGUGGUGGACGAAUACAAGCUGCACUGUAGAGAAAAUAAGUUUAUAGUGCGGGAGUUCGUCUACGACGAGAAUGCGCUACUUCAAGGAAAGAGCGAAAGGGACAAGUUGGCGGCCGAAAAAAACAAGCAGUUCGCACCCUUAGUUCGUUGGCUGAAGAUAAACUUCAGCGAGAUAUUUUCGGCAUGGAUCCACGUAAAAGCGCUGCGGAUUUUUGUUGAAUCAGUGCUAAGAUACGGUUUGCCAGUAAAUUUUCAAGCUGCACUGCUUCUACCGAGCAAGCGAUCUUUAAUGAAAAAGCUGCAAGAAGUUCUGAAUCAACUGUAUUCUCACUUGGACGUGGGCAACUUUGGCCGAGCAGAUGCUAAAGACGAAUUUGCCGAGAUGCUCAGCUUUGGACGUCACGAUUACUACCCUUAUGUGUUUUUCAAAAUUAGUAUCGAUCUGGCAGAACCUGGAAAAGCUAAGUGA